UGUUCUUCCUCCCACUCUUUCACCCAUGGUGAUAGACUUCCUGUAUUAUCCCGUAGGGGUUAGUUACGAAGAAGGCGGGUUCCCUUAGCAAUAGGGCUGGGGUAGACUGAACAUCGGUGCUGCCACCUACUGGGAUUUUCAGGACAAAUUUAAAAAGUACUAUUCCAGGGAGAGUGAACAUUAAUUCCAAUAUGUUAUCUGCCUCUUCCAUUUCCGUCUAUUUAUUCCCUUGAUUCUCUAGGAAGGACAUGAUCCUUAAUAUUUGUCUUUUUUUCUCAUCCAACUGUAACAGUCUGUUCUACCACCAACGCUUUUAUUUUGCAGAUCAUAAAGGAAUUUAUCAAUAAAAGUUUGACGGAGAAGGCAAAUAUCCCUCCCUCUGAGGUGCUGCUCACGUCUCUCUGGUCCUUGUCUGUGGCCAUAUUCUCCGUCGGGGGUAUGAUCGGCUCCUUUUCCGUCGGACUCUUUGUCAACCGCUUUGGCAGGCGUAAUUCAAUGCUGAUUGUCAACCUGUUGGCUGUCACUGGUGGCUGCCUUAUGGGACUGUGUAAAGUAGCGAAGUCAGUUGAAAUGCUGAUCCUGGGCCGCUUGGUUAUUGGCCUCUUCUGCGGACUCUGCACAGGGUUUGUGCCCAUGUACAUUGGAGAGAUCUCGCCUACUGCCCUGCGGGGUGCCUUUGGCACUCUCAACCAGCUGGGCAUCGUGAUUGGAAUUCUGGUGGCCCAGAUCUUUGGUCUGGAAUUCAUCCUUGGGUCUGAAGAGCUCUGGCCAUUGCUAUUGGGCUUCACCAUCCUUCCUGCUAUCCUACAAAGUGCAACCCUGCCAUUUUGCCCUGAAAGUCCCAGAUUUUUGCUCAUUAACAGAAAAGAAGAGGAGAAUGCUAAGCAGAUCCUCCAGCGG